GCCGCGGCCGUUUCUGCCUUAUAAUUAUUUGCUUGUGUAUUGCUGCACCUAUUUUCUUAGAUAGGUACUGUCCCCUUUGCAUGCAAAGUAUAUUUACUAGAAAAAGACCAUAAUUCGCCUGUUUACAUGUAGUUCGAGAAAGGGCUGUGGUUUGUUAUCAAAAUUUGAUUAUCACCUGUAUAUAUUGUGUUUAUAAUAAAAAAUCAAUAUGGAUAGGUUAAAGGGGGACUAAAAAUUGGAGAGGCCUUAAGGGGGGCAUUAUUUUGUGCAUGCACAGUUACUUUAUUUAAAAUGUGAAGAUGUGCAUGCAGACAACAUAAAACUGAAUACCUGCCCUCUUGGAUCAAUGAGCAUUAAUAUCAUAUCCUUCAAAAAAUAUACCGUAGAUCAAAGAUGAAGAGUGGGGUGAGUUUGUUGAUCUCCUUGACCAGCAGAUCCCACAACGGAGUCACAUCAAGGCGAUGUACCAGAGUACAGAAAGUCCCAUAAUAGCAACAGCAACUAAUGCUGUUCAGUGUCAAACCCCAUGCAAGCCAUUCUUUGUACAGUCACCAAUUGCGAGUAGCAUACAACUGAAACUUGUUCCUACUGGUGUUGUGAGCUUGGAUGUAACACCUGAACAAGGCUUUACACAAAGUGACAUUGCUCAUCAUGCUGUUAUUUAUAGCAAUGAAUCUUCACGGCCCUUAUCUAAUUAUCAAAAAGAGAUGAACAAAGCUGCAAUAGCACUUUGUAUGAAAAACCCUGAAUUACUUUUGCAAAAAAGGUCAGAACUAAUCACAAUGGCAAGAAAGAAGAUAAUUGAUGAAGGUUUUCAAUUUAAAAAGGGCAAGUCUCGCUCAAAAAGGAGCAGUUAUCAGCCAAUAAAACAAAAGAAGUUCUCAAAAACAUCUCAAGCUUUUCGUGAAAGAAGAUUGGUUGAAAUUGAAGAGAAAGUGACUGACAUUGGAGAUCGCAUUACUUUUAAAGAGAAUAGAAUAACUGAAUGUAUCAUAAUGUCAGACUAUGAAAAAUGUGAUUGUUUAAAGAAAGAGAUUAUGGCACUUAAGCAAGAUAGGAGAGAGCUUUUGGCUGAGAAGGAGAACCUCCACAGCAUCAAAAGAGACGUAUCAAUGUGUUGGUUGUGGCUUUAAUUAUAGUGAAUUUAGGCUUCAUUUUGGAUUGCAUGUCAUAACUGUAACAAAUGGUAUUGUUGUAUGUGUGAAGGUCUCUUAAGUGAACCAAGUUAUACUAUAUUAUUUCUGUAAAAAUACAUGUAAUUUCAAUUUCUGUCUGCAGGCCUUUGUUAGUUGUUACUCUUCCACAGUUUUUGUUAGUCUGUUUGUUGCCUUUUUUCCUUUCUUCAAUUUUUGUGUCAUCAGUUUUUCAUGGUUGUUAUUGUUCUUAUUGUUUUUGGUAUUAUAUUAUUUUAAAAAAUGAAACAACUAUAUAUAAUUAUAUAUAUGCAGGCACAGCCUUAUGAGCAGGACAGAAAUGAUAGAACUGCAUGAGGAGACUAUAGUCUUGUGACUCUUGGCAAUUUGCAACCGUAGUAGGGCUUAAUCAUGGCUCAGCUUCUGUUGAUAGUAACAAAGAAUUAGUCAAUUCCCCCAGUCUUCUACCAGGGGAUUUGACAAAGAAUUGACCC